AUGUUCUUCAGCAAGCCACUGCUCAUCGCGCUCGACGCAGCCGUGACCUCCGCAACCCACGUCCACAACGAAUUCGGGCACAACGCCUGGCUCCAGGAUAGCACCGGCACCGAGGUCCAGCUGAACAACGGCCAGUCUGUCUCCGUUUGCGGAGGCUGGGCGUUUGUCUGGGUUGAUGCGGCCCUUUGUCCUGGAAACCCGAACUCUGUGCAAUGUCUACUUCGUGGUGACGGUCGUCUUUACGAGGCUAGUGGUGGCCAAAUCUCCAACGGUGUUCAUCUUUGCUAG